AUAAUUAGCAUCCUACAAUAAAUAAAUAUGAUAAUUCAAAGGAUAUCUUCUUAGUCUUCCAUACAUUCUUAAUACUCUGAAAAUGUUAGUGCCUUCAGUUAUAGUUCUAACAACUCUUUACAGAAUACAAUAAACCAAAAGCUGAUGGACACAAAGCACAAUAUUGAUUAAUUAUAAAAGAAGUACUUGGCUGAUUCAAACAAACAAUCGCUUUUUAAAUAGAAAGAGGACUAAGUUAAAAUGAUGAAAUAUCAAGAUAGAUGUGCAAAAAUAAUUUAGAGAUACUUUAGGAAGUACAAAAGCUAGAAGAGCAUUCACAAAUUAGAAACUUAGAGCGUUGAUGAUUAAAAGUAUUUAUAAAGAAUCAGUUAUUAAAAUAAUAUAUCUGACUCAAAGCUCUAAGAUGAUAUAAAAUCUCUGAAAAUGGAGCUCUUUAAAAAUCUAAACUAGCUUAAAGGGUUAAAAUAAAAUGAUAGGACUAACGCAUAAGUUGUCUCACAUUCUGCUCAGCCAUAAUAUUAAUCUGAGCAUUAACGAAAAGCUCAAAUAAUUUAGUAGUUUUGGAGGAAAAAAAAGCAAAGUCUAUAAAACAAGAAGCAAUUCAAAGAAAUAAACAUGAAAAAAAUGGAGGAUCUCAAGAUAAAAUACAAUUAGAUUUUAGAAGAAAGUCUCCUCUAAUAAAAGCUUUAGUUUAAGCAAGUUCUUAAUUCAUACUUGUUGUUCAUAGAAAAGCUUAUGCAAGACAAAAAGCAGAUAGGCGAGGAAUGCAAAAAAUAUCAUGAGCUCCAAUAGAAACUUGUCAGCGAGAAUUCAAAAUUAGAAAAGACAAAAGAAGAAUUAAAUAAGAAAAUAGGAGAUCUAUAUGUGGAGUAGAGUUUAACGGAAAAAGAAAAUAAGCAAUUAAAAAACAAAAUUGAAGAGCUAGAAACCUAGCUAAGGAAUUUAAAUGAGAAAAAUACUUCAAAGUAAGAGCAAAAUAUGAAGGAAUUAAUGGUAGUAAAAAAGUAAUUGGAAGAAGAAAAAUGCAGUUUAUUGAAGGAAAAAGAUUAAAUAAUGAAAGAACAACAGUAACUUCAAAAGUUAAUUUCAACAUAUUAAGGGUUGAGAAGAAGAGAUAAAUCGAGAGAAAACAGCGUAGAUAAAUAAAGUUCAGAUUCUUUGGAAGUUCAAAUAUAAUAUUUAAAGAGUAAAGUAUAAACUGCUGAGUUAGAAAAGUUAUAAACAGAAGUUAAAAUGCAACAAAUUUUAUAAUAAAAUGAAAGAUUUAUUGAAGAAAAGUAAAUUUUGUUGUAAGAGCAGCAUAAUUUCUUACAAAAAGAGCACAAAAUAUUGGAAGUAAUUAAUAUCAAUAAAUAAAUGAGACAAAGAUAUAAACAGCUGAAAGAAGAGAAUGAACAUCUCAAAAGCAUUAUAGAUCAAAACUAAUUCUUAAAUAAGAAUUCUUACAAUAACAACUUCUCUAACAUAAGUUAUAGAAAGUAGAGUAAUUAAGAUGAAAAUAUGUAUUCGAUAAUUGAUAAUGAUUUGAUUGAAAAGUACAGUAAAUAUAGCAGAAAUUCAUCUCCACAACAAUCAUAUAAUUAUAACACUAAUACUAUAUUAAGUGAUGUUAAAAAUAAUUUGGCUUAAGUUAUCAAAGAGGAAAGAAUAAAAACUUUGGAAGCAAUGAAAAUUCUGAAAAAUAAUAUGUCAGGUUAAGUGAGCAGAGAAAAUAGCCCUCUUAAAAGAAAGUGAAUGAUAAAAUAUGCAAAAAAAAAUUCAAAUUGAAGAUUAAUUAAUUAAUAGAGUUAUUUAUAUUUAUCCAAUAUUUUAAUUAUUUAAACUUAUUUAUUAUUUUAUUUUGGU